AUGUCUGCUAUCCACAACCUCCACUCUUUCGACCCGUUUGAUGAUGCAAGUAAGGGUGAUGACCUGCUACCUGCUGGCACUGAGGAUGAUUUCCACAUUAGAAUUCAACAGAGAAACAAAAAGACCCUUAUACCUGUCCAAGGGGUCACUGAUGAUUACAACGAAAAGAAACUAGUUAAACAAUUUCUCCAAAGUGUCAGGAAGAAAUUUGCUUGCAAUGGUACUGUAAUUAAACAUGCAGAAUAUAGAGAAAUAAUUAAGCUACGAGAUGACCAGUCCAAUAAUAUAUGCCAGUUCCUGAUAGAAAUUGGACUGGCUAAGGACGAUCAGCUGAAGAAUCAUGGAUUUGAACUGCUUGUGGCUCUCUGA